AUGCUGCCUGUGCCAGAUGGCCUUGCAAGGCUUGCCCGCCAUCCAAGCAGCAUAUCUAUAGUUUCUGUUGUCGGCCCGUUCCACUCAGGGAAGAGCUUCCUGUUGAAUGCCCUGGUGGGCAACACCAAGGUAUUCUCUGUUGGCCGGAAGACCUCACCAGAGACAAUGGGAAUUUGGCUUUGCCGAACUGAUAUGCGUGCGAGCGAUGGAUCGGAGGUUUGGCUGAUGGACUCUGAAGGUUUCUUUGGACCAGGUGUGGCUGAGAGCUACGAUGCCAAGAUCUUUACGAUAGCAACCCUUCUUGGCGGUCACCUUGUGUACGCUGCAUGCACAUAG